AUGCCAGAUCUUCCCUCUAUUCCGGCUUCUAGUAGUAUGGGAAAACAGAAUCAAGAGGCAGAUUUGAUUAAUUCAUUAAGGGUAGAGAGUAUUGCGAAAGGGGUUCUCUCAAACCCUAAUGAGCCAAUUCUAAAGAGAUUUGCAAAUAUUGUUGCUGAUGAUGCAUCUACAAAGAUGAGUGAUAUCUUUGAUGUUCCUACUGUGAGACGAAUCAACUGUAAUGAAGCACCACAAAUACGGAAACUUCAACAAUCUAAGUUCUCUGUAUUGGCUGCAACUGAUACAGCAAGACCAAGCCAGGAAAAAACUGAUGAUCAACAGGAGGAGCAGAGGGGAUUAUCAAAGGAGCCUGAUCCAGGUAUAAUAUGA